AAUUGUGAUUUGUUAAUGCACUUUGGGCUACAAAAAAUAAUUACCCCAGGCCCCAGGGUCAACACAGUCUGCGUCUUCUCGGACACAAUUCGAACUCGAGUUAGAGAAUCCUGGACAAGACAGAACACUUUGACAUCUGUGUGGAAGACAAUGGCUGCCAAAUAUGCCAGGGUGCUUGUGCAUCUUCGGAAAACUUCACAGAAUGUAUAUGAAGCAGCUAAGUUCAGUGAAUGCAUUUUUGAUCACCUGGGCAUAGAAGAUAAUGGCUUAGUGGAGUGUCAACUUGAAAACAACCAGCUUUUGUUACAACCCCCAACUCAAAAUAAUGAUAUAGCAAAAUCUCUUGGGAGUAAUCACAGCCCUACUUCUUAUAGGAUAAUGCAUCCACCAUUUUGUCCAGUUCAUCACUUGGAUGAUGAAAGUACAAAAGACUUGCCACCAGAAAUAAUGAGCAGAGGUAUUGAUGUUGGUGUAGCUGUACUUCUUGAAUCCUGUGAUGGACACUUGUUAUUAACACGUCGAGCACCUCACAUGAGAACCUUUCCUGGUGUGUGGGUUCCUCCGGGAGGUCACGUUGAGGAAGGUGAAACAUUGGAAGAGGCUGCACUGCGGGAGUUGAAUGAAGAAACGGGAUUGUCAAUUAAUUCAGCAGAAAGAAAGAGCAGUAAUAUUCUUGGGCUUUGGGAAUCAGUUUAUCCACCUAUCCUUGCAAUGGGACAACCAAAAAGACAUCAUAUUGUGAUUUACUUGUUGAAUGUUGUAUUCUAGCGAACGUGCCAAAGCCUCGGGAACAACAUCCGACUCUGUCCAGAGGAGGUUGAUGCUGCAGUUUGGCUUUCUCCAGAUCUAGUGAAUAUAGCUGUGUGGAAUCCUGAUGGAAAGGACAACCAAGAUGAUGAAAAGUUGUAUGAAAAAUGAUAAAAGCAAAGAGAUCCAAUUACUUUAGUGAAUAAAUUUGGAGAACAUGCAUCAGGAGUUCUUGACUCAAGUAUUUUGCUUAACAGAGUACCCUCUCCUGGCAUGGACAUGGAACGUAUAAGCACUGGCAGUAGGUUUGCACUGUCACUGUGGCUAGAAAAGCAGUUCACAGGCAAUAAAGAAGAAGCAAGGAGUCUAUAUGAUAAAAAUAUAUUUUUGGGGAAAGAGUCCUCUGAAAAGCUUAAAAAUAAGAUGUGACAUAUACAAUACAGCAAAAUAUUAAUUAAUAUAUUUUUUAUUGUAUAAUGCGACUUAAUAGCAGUAAUGUAAUAAAGUUCUUUCUUCAUAGACACUGAACAGAAACAAGUCUUUGAAUUACCAUAUGCAAGGUAUCAAAUUUAUACUCAUGAAAGCAGGAAGUUUCCAAGUGAAUGA